AUGAGUCGGCCCUAUGAACUGCCUAUCAGCAAUGCUCAGGCCUGUCACACUGACCCAACAUUGACCUCUGCCCCCAAUGACCCCUUCUCUCCCUCCUCAAAGCACAAUAACCCCAAUUCUAGACUAGACCCUCCACGUGCCAUGCAGAUGUCCACCGCCCCUGCCCUCAAACCUCCAUCCACCUAUGGGUUCAUGCCCAAGGACCUAUCCUCUUCCUACAGUCCUCUGAGAAGGCUACAGCACCUGACCACCAUGGUCAGCCACCCGGACCUGGUACAGCUUGGAGAGGGGGAGAGGGAGGUCUCGCACACCCGGAAUGCUGUUGGGAAAACUGACUUUGGGAAUUCCUUGGCCCUCACAGCUCCCCAGCCAGGCAGGAGAGACACAGACACCACACUUGAGCGUCAUUCCAAGCCCUCUCAGACUCAUUCCUCAGUUCCAGUAGUAGAAAAAGUGAAGAAGCAGCCGGAAGUCCAAACUGGCCUGUGGUUCAGCAAACCAGGAAAAGACAGGCGACUCAUCACUGCCACCUCCAUAUCUAAACACAGUUCCUUUAGCAAGGGCCCCUGCAAGAAAAAUACUCAAAUUGCAGCUGCUGUCAACAGAAAGACACAAGUGUCCAGUGUGGCAAUCAAGGAAUGCUCUAGUCAUCAGUUGAAGACUCCAGUGUCCAGUGUAAUAGUCAAAGAAAUGACUGCUGAUCAGUCGAAGACUCCAGUGUCCAAUGCAACAGUCAAAGAAAUGACUGCUGAUCAGUUUAAGACUCCAGUCUUAAGUUUACCCAAGCUCUCGGAUCAGUCGAAGGACCUGGGCAAGCAGCCUGCGCAUCUGCCCGCUAGCAACCGCCUCAUGACCAGAGCCCUUAAAGCUAUGGAGGAAGCUGAGCGGAAGGUCUCAUCUUCCACAAACACGCCCUCUGAUAAACCAGAGACCAAAACAAACUGUUAUACAGAGGACAAACCUUCAAAGGUUGACAACGAUAAUCAGAUCAUAGCUUUGCCAAAUUGCUCUUCAUCAAAGUUCACUAGGUCGAAGGACUUUGUGGCAGAGGUUAAGACAGAAAAUGAGAGCUUCUUUGUAUGCCAGAUGCCUGCAGACUUCAUACCUCUAACUUCUGGGAAGGAAAAGAAAGAGAACUGUGUGUCUCACAUCUCCUCCUGUUCCUCUCCCUCGCCAUGCUUCUCUCCCAUGGAUGUCUUCAAAGACAUCAAAGAGUUAUCCUUCAAGUCCCUGGAAUCAAGUGAUGGUGAUGGAAAACAUGUGUCUUUUAAACCAGACACUAACUACAAGUUCAGUACUUUCCUCAUGCUGCUGAAGGACGAGCACGAUACCAGGGAGAAACAUGGUACACCCUUGGAGCUGGAAAUCGGACCACCCAGUGCCCAUGUAAAAGAGGAGCCUUCAGUGGUUCCACCCAUACUGGGAGAAGAGUCACUCAGUCAAGGCCCUAUUCUCAGUAAAAGUCAACAGUGCAAGGGCAAAACAAAGGCCAAACCCAAGCUCAAGUCUUCUCUGAAAGUAGAAAUCCCACAACUUGAAGGCAGCAUAAACCAGGACUUGAAAAGGUCAGCCAAAAAGAGAGGCUUGUCUGGGACUAAAAAUAAGCCUAAUGGAAAAGAGCCUUGUGGUAAGAGGUCUUCUGGACCUGGCUACCUUGGGAUGGAGGCCUCACACCAUCUUUCGAUCAAUGCCUGGCAGAAGUUUGACCAGGAUUCAGGGACAUUAGGGGGGUUGGGGGAGGGCUGCAGUGGGCUAAUGAAUGAGAGACUACAGAACAUGGUGCCUUUGGAGCAGGGUGGUGCAGACCCAUCGGUGUCCUUUCAGACAAAGACAAGGUUGGACCAGCAGAUUAUCCCUGCCAUCAAUUCUGCAAACACUACACAAAGUACUGGGGAAGGCCAGGAGGCUUCCACAGAGGAACCAUCCAAGACCCCAAAUGGACAAGCCCCUCCCCGAAUAGAGAACACUCCCCCUCAAGAUGCGCCUAUCCUGUCCAUAGAUACUCUAACCCUGCCUCCUGAAGCAGACCCUUCGCUGUUGUGUGACAGUCUUACAAAGAAUGUUGGUGACGUUCCUUACUUGGAAACCAUCCGUAAGAGACAGAGAAAACCCACUCUGAAGAUUCUGGAAUACUCAGAGGCUGCCACAAUCCCAAAGAAAAAGACCCAGAGUUGCAUGGAGAGGGGGUCAGACAUCGACCUCACCACGCACCCCACUAAGGACACUAAUCUCCAUGACGAUGGGAGGGACACCAUAGACCCAGAGGGUUUUACAUCCAGUUUCGAUGACAGCUUUUCAUCCAUGAGGGAGGAGUCUUCACAGUGCGAUGACACACUCUUCCCCAAUAAGAAGAUCAUAGUGGACAGAGGGGGCGCGGCCUCAUUGAAGGAGAAUGUGUGUCAGGUAUGUGAGAAGACUGGGGAGCUUCUACUGUGUGAGGGCCAGUGUUGUGGGGCCUUCCACCUCCAGUGUAGCGGCCUCACAGAGCCUCCUAAAGGGAAGUUCGUCUGCCAGGAGUGCAAGUCUGGUGUCCAUACCUGUUUUGUGUGUAAGAAGCCCGGGGAGAACGUGAGGCGCUGUAUGAUCCCAGUGUGUGGGAAGUUCUACCAUGGAGAGUGUAUCGCCAAUCACGCUCCCGUUGCCCCCCUGCACGGGGGCUUCCGCUGCUCCCUCCACGUCUGUCUGUCCUGCUUCAUCACUAACCCUGUCAACCCCUCCGUCCCCAAAGGUCGUCUGACACGCUGUGUGCGUUGCCCUGUGGCGUACCAUGCCAACAAUUACUGCAUGGCAGCGGGCAGUGUGGUUCUGGCCAACAACAGCUUCCUGUGUCCCAACCACUUCACCCCCCGCAGGGGAAUCCGCAACCAUGAACACGUCAACGUCAGCUGGUGCUUUGUCUGCUCUGAAGGGGGCAGUCUGUUGUGUUGUGAGUCAUGUCCUGCUGCCUUCCACCGGGAGUGUCUGAACAUCGACAUGCCCGAGGGCAGCUGGUUCUGUAACGACUGCCAGGCCGGGAAGAAGCCCCACUAUAAGGACAUCCUGUGGGUCAAAGUGGGCCGGUACAGGUGGUGGCCUGCGGAGGUCAACCAUCCCAAGAACAUUCCGGAGAACAUCCUACGUAUGAGGCACGACGUAGGAGAGUUCCCUGUGCACUUCUUUGGCUCCAACGACUACCUGUGGACCUACCAAGCCAGAGUCUUCCCCUACAUGGACGUAGACACCAACAACAAGGAGAAGAUGGGGAAGGGUGUAGACGUCAUCUACAAGAAAGCUUUGGAGGAAGCUGCUCGCAGGUUUCUGAAACUGCAGGCGGAGAAAGAACUGAGACAGCUUCAGGAGGACAGGAGGAAUGACAAGAAACCCCCUCCAUACAGACACAUCAAGGUGAAUCGGCCAAUCGGGAAGGUGCAGUUCAUCAUGGCCGACCUAUCAGAGAUCCCACGCUGUAACUGCAAGGCGUCAGACGAGAACCCGUGUGGCAUUGACUCUGAGUGUAUUAACCGCAUGCUGAUGUACGAGUGCCACCCCCAGGUGUGCCCGGCGGGCAAUGGCUGCCUGAACCAGGCCUUCACCAAACGCCAGUACAGCCAGGUAGAGAUCUUCAGGACGCUGGCACGAGGCUGGGGCCUCCGCUGUGCCCAUGACAUCAAGAAGGGGGAGUUUGUGAAUGAGUACAUAGGAGAAGUGAUCGAUGAGGAUGAGUGUCGGGUCAGGAUCAAACAUGCCCAGGAUAACGACAUCUGUAACUUCUACAUGCUGACUCUGGACAAGGAUCGGAUCAUUGAUGCUGGGCCAAAGGGGAACCAGGCCCGCUUCAUGAACCACAGCUGCCGGCCCAACUGUGAGACACAGAAGUGGACGGUGAAUGGAGACACACGUGUGGGGCUCUUCACUCUCAUAGAUGUCCCUGCAGACACAGAGCUGACUUUCAACUACAACUUGGAGUGCCUUGGGAAUGGGAAGACUGUGUGUAAAUGUGAAGCUCCAAACUGCAGCGGCUUCCUAGGAGUUCGGCCAAAGAACAACCCUCCAGCAGAUGACAAGAGCCGCAAACUGAAGAAGAAGGUCCUGGCUAAACGGAAGAACAAGAUGGAGGUGACCAAGGAGAGGGAGGAUGAGUGCUUCAGUUGUGGGGAUGGGGGACAGAUUGUGUCCUGUAAGAGACCAGGCUGUCCCAAGGUUUACCACGCAGACUGUCUCAACCUCGCCAAGAGGCCUGCAGGUCGGUGGGAGUGCCCGUGGCACCAGUGUGACCUGUGUGGUAAGGAGGCAGCCUCCUUUUGUGAGAUGUGUCCCAGCUCUUACUGCACACUGCACCGCGACGGCAUGCUCUUCAUCUCCAAGCUGGACGGACGGCUGUCCUGCAGCGAACACGACCCCUGUGGACCAGACCCCCUGGAGCCAGGGGAGAUCAGGGAAUACCUACCCGACAUCUGUGCUCUCUCACCGGGCCUGGGGGCUGGCGUAGUUAUCCCUGGUGCUGCUGUGGCUGGUGCUGCUGCUACAGUCACUACCACAGGGACAGGGGACCCCCAGCCGUGCCCUGGUCCUGAGUCUGAGUCUUUCCCCCCUCUCCCUAGCUCUAGCCCCAUCUCUAGCCCAAUCUCUGGCCCCUCCUUUGGCCCCAUCUCUGGUCACUUUUCUGGCCCAAUCUCUUGCUCCUUUUCUGUCCCAAUACCUGUCCCAAUAUCUGGCCCCAUAUCUGGUCCCUUCUCUGGCCCCAUCAGCACCCCUCUACCCAGCUCUGAGGCCCCCGAUAGCGCUCACCUAUUCCUUCCCCAGUACUCACCCAUCUCUUCUUACGAAGAUGAGAAAGAAGAAAUUGAGGAUCCUUUGGGUGAAGAGGGGGAUGGAGAGGGGAUGGAGGGAGAGUUGGAGGAUGGUGAGAUGGAGGGUCUUGAGUUGAAAGAUGAAGAGGAUGAGGAGGAGGAAGAAGAAGUAGAAGAACAAGAGGAGGAGGAGGAAGAAGAAGAACAAGAGGAAUAAAGAGAUAAUUUUUCAACAACUCUGCAUGGUGGCUUAUCAUUCCACACAGUCCAUACAGGGGGAGGGGACAUGUACACUGAUCAGCCAAACUACAGAAUAGCCCUGUCAAUCACUGUUCUUAUUGUCCAGUGAGCAUGUGAUUGUCCUAAAGGUCUACCAUGUGGGAGAAGGGCUACCUGCUUGUUCUUGAGGGUGGGCCUGAGCUCAGCAUCAUGUAGAUUCACUCAUCUUUGUAUAUAAGGAUAUGUUCUUGUCCAGAGGAUUUAUAGAUCUGUGUAUUCACACACCGCCUUGUUCAGUCAGACCCCCGAGAAAUAGCAGGAUGUUACAAUGGGGUCUGGAGCUGGUGUGUCGAGACGGAGUAGGAUGGAGUUGCCCCUGGACACUGAUUUGUGGUCACGUCUAGCGUUUUCCCCCUAAUAGUCAAGGUUACGGUUUGGGGUGGGUACACUGAUCCUGGAUCUGUGCUUAAGGGCACAAUGGAGUAUGAUGGGAACUGUAUUCAUAUAGCUAGGCCCAUUUGGAUCUCUUCAUGGUUCGUUGUCGAAGCUGCUGGUUUUUGUUUUAGAACAUGUUUACACUUCUGCACCUCCUCUUGGAGGACACAGCAACUAACUUAUCUGCAGGGUCAUCUUUUUCAAAGGGGAGACUGAAGAGAAGCGGUACAGUGCUGUCAAAGGCACGGAUAUCCCCUCAUGAGCAAGUAGCCUAUAGUGUGUUAGAUGAGCCUGUCUCUGUUUCUCUCUGAAGCAACUCUCCUGCAUGGCACAAAUGAGUAAUGCUGUGAAAUGAGUACGUCAGCCAUGGAAAUGAUUAGUCACACUAUCAACCAGUCCUUUCAUCCUUGUCAUUGUUGUGCAGUGCACAGUCUAUAUCCGUAUCUGUUGAUGAUCAUUAAUCUACUGUC